AAAUAAAUAUAAAUAAUGCUCAGCAGGACUGCUCUCCUCCUCUUUCGCUUUUUGCAAGCCACUAGGGUUUUUUUUUGGGGCAGCAGCAGAGACUUUCCGGCAAAUCUCAGAUCAAUCAGGAAACAGCAGAGGCUCUACCCUAAUGGCGGCAGCGGUCUCUUCUCUUUCUCAGAUCUGCAUACUGAAUCCGGCCUCAAAACCCUAGACGGCUAUCUCUCCGGAAAAACCUUCAUCUCUGGAGAUCAGAUCUCCAAAGACGAUGUUAAAGUCUACGGAGCUGUUCCCCAGAAGCCAGCGGAGAGUUUUUCAAGCGCUGCCAAAUGGUACGCCAGCGUGCACUCCGUUCUUGCUGCAAGAUUUCCUGGGCAGACUGUUGGAGUGAGAUUUGGUGGGCAAGCUGCACCAUCAGCUGCUGUUCCUGCUAUCCCUGCUACCAAGGAGAGUGCUGGAGAUGAUGAUGACGACUUGGAUCUAUUUGGGGAUGAGACUGAGGAGGACAAAAAGGCUGCAGAAGAGCGUGAGUCUGCUAAGAAGGCCUCCACAAAGAAGAAAGAAAGCGGGAAGUCAUCUGUUCUUCUGGAUGUGAAACCUUGGGAUGACGAGACCGACAUGAAGAAGCUCGAGGAGACUGUUCGUUCAAUUGAAAUGCCUGGUCUCUUGUGGGGGGCAUCUAAACUCGUGUCUGUUGGGUAUGGCAUAAAGAAACUACAGAUCAUGAUGACCAUCGUAGAUGAUCUGGUGUCGGUUGACACUCUUAUUGAGGAACGCCUUACGGUUGAGCCAGCCAACGAGUACAUUCAGAGUUGUGACAUUGCGGCCUUCAACAAGAUUUAGAUUACUUCUCUUACUCUUUUCAGAAGUCAAGCAGCAGAGUUCACGGGGAAACGUCGUAGUAGUGUGUUGAUCAUUUCUUAGAUUUUAUUUUAUUUUUUGGUUUUCCUUUGUGAGAAUUGAUGGCAUUUCUUAUCAAGUGUAUCUGGUGAAUUUUGAACUUUAUGCUUUAGUAUUUACCUUUUUGUUAUGCUCUAAUGGUUAUUGUGUUUCUUAUGAUCAGACCUUGCGGUUGGAUUAUGAUUUU